UGAUCAAUUGACAGCGGCAAGUAUAAACUUGCUGAGGAAGAGGUAAAAACAAACUGAAAUGGAUUUCAUAUCGCGUUCAUUCAGUACGCUUUACAAUUUGUGACAAUAACCAGCAUGGCUGUAGAUGGUGUGUUCAUGCAGUGUGUAUAGUUAGGGUUAACUUGGAACUUAAGGAAUGAACUGACAUUUAUUUAGAAUCAACUGUUGAUCAAACAUGGUGGACACUGAAUCUCAUGAGUUGUGUCUGAUUGACUCAGGGAUCAGCUCCUUACAACAGGUUCCUCUCAGGACUCACCUCCACAGCCUAAAUCUCCAUGGAAACUACAUCCAGGUCAUCGACAAUCUCAGUCAUCUGCACAGUUUAAAACAUCUGGAUCUGUCAUCAAAUCAAAUUAAUUUCAUUGACGGCCUGGACCGACUUGACUCUCUGAGGACGUUGAACUUGUCAUGUAACUUUUUGACAGAUGUGCGAGGUCUGGCUGGACUGAGAUCUUUAGUGAAAGUGAAUUUGAGCUACAACCAAAUAACAAAUAUUUUUGGCUUUAAGUCUGUGACUGGUCCAAACUUCAAGCUAACCCAUAUAGAACUACAGGGUAACAAGCUGUCCUCAUCUCAACACGUGUCGGAGUGUCUGUCUGGCCUUGUCAACUUGCGACAGCUCAACCUCAAUGCUGAUGGCUCAUCAAACCCACUAUGUAACCAGGCUGGGUACAGAGUUAAUAUCCUGGGGUCACUGCCACAGGUCCAGGUUCUGGACAACAUCGGCCGGGAUGGUCAGCGAGCUACAGGGCUGGAUGUCCUGGCCGACAUUCCUGGUCUAGAGGAUUACAUGGACUACCUGCUUUCCAACAGUGAAUCUGCCUCUAACUCUAUGGUGGAAGGAAAACCGCUGGACCUGGUGACACCAAAAAUUGAUAAAGCCUUGGAAAUCUUCAAACGGAAAACCCUACAGUCCAGCUCUGACACUAGUAAUGCACAGGUGUCCGAGUCUGACCUGGACAGGAGUACAGACAAACAGAACAUCAGCGGAGUGUCGGAACAAAAUCGACGCCUCAGGAUCUUAGAACAACAGAUUGCAAACCUGCUACAGCCGUCUAGGUCAAAGGCUGUAUAUGAUGAGCAGAGCAGUUCCCCUGGGUCUGUCACUAAACUUGUGGCUGAGAGAGAUGUUCGUCAGACUGAUGAAAGUGAUGAUGCAGGGUCAGGAAACUCUCAACAUGAUAAAAAAAGCAAAGGUCGCAAGGGCAAAAGGUCACGAAGGUCACGCAUCCCCAGCUAUUGUAAAACCACAGCAUCCUCCCGAGCUAAAGUGGAACCCCCAGAAACAUCCAGUAGUGCUAUAGGGGAGGACCAGCUAGGACCAGCCACACACGAGGCAGUCCUCAGACAGCCCUCAGCCUACUGUGUCACUGACCAGCAAAUGAGGGAGGAUGUCCAGUCUACAUAUGUGCAACUGAUGCAAGAGUUGGAGAAGGAACGAGAGAGACGAUGGAAGGCAGAACAAGCAAGUAAAAAACUUGUAGACCACAUAAAGUCUCUACAGACCAAAGCAAAGGAUGGUGACCAACUCAAGGACACCGCUAUAGAGGCCACAACACGACUGAAACAGGCGCUUACCAACGAAAGGGAAGCAAAGCUGAGGCUGCAGGAUGACCUUGAUAGGACAAAGGUGCACCUACAGGAAGGGUCUAGACAGCUUUCAGUUGCUAAGGAAGCGGAGGAAAGUUUGAAAAGGAGUCUCCGUAACCUGGAGGAAGUCACCGCCAAAAUGGAACGUGAAACACUGCAACAGCAGACACAUGAGCAAAAGAAGACCCAUGAUGCACAGAUGCGAGCAUCUGCCCUGACUCGUGAACUGGAGAUGUUAAAGGUGACAGCCGAGAAACAGAAAGGUCAGAUCCACCAGCUUCAGGAACUACUGGCCAAUCGGGAACAGCAGCACAGGGAUGAAAUGAAGCAGUGUGUCCGACCUAACAGUCAAGAGAUGGACAGCCUCAUACAGCAGGAAAAACGCCAAGCUGAGAAACAGUACGAGAGUGAGCUCCGUACCCAACACGACAAAAAUGGACGUCAAUUUAAAGAUCUGUCAGAGAAAUGGGACUUCCCGUCAGAAAGAGAGCAGUUUUUUGGAGAGAUAGUGAAUGCAAAAUCCUUGUUCAGUAAACAAGAGAAUGGGAAAAUGAGAAUUGAAAAUCUUGUCCAGUAA